CUUUCUUUGUCUUCUCCAAAAGACCCUACAAAACCCUAAUUGUGUCCGUCCGUAAAGACCUUCAUUGCCCACUGGUAGCGCCGCUCGCCAAUCCCCUCUUCUGUGCUCUUAUCUUCCGCCCUUCUCUCUCUCUCCCCGUCUUUCUCCUCCUUGCCAGCGACGCCACCAGAGGAAAACACGAUUCCUAAGUCAUGGUGCAGUACAACUUUAAGAAGAUUACUGUUGUCCCCACUGGGACGGACUUUAUUGAUAUUAUCCUUUCACGCACCCAACGUCAAACCCCGACUGUGGUUCACAAAGGUUAUGCUAUCUCUCGCAUCCGACAGUUUUACAUGCGCAAAGUGAAGUAUACACAGCAAAACUUUCAUGACAAGCUUUCCACCAUCAUUGAUGAGUUCCCUCGGCUUGAUGGUAUUCACCCUUUCUAUGGUGACCUCCUUCAUGUUCUAUACAACAAAGACCACUACAAGCUUGCCCUUGGCCAAAUCAAUACUGCAAGGAAUCUCAUUGGUAAAGUAGCAAAGGAUUAUGUGAAACUCUUAAAGUAUGGUGACUCAUUGUAUCGGUGCAAGGCUUUGAAGGUCGCUGCUCUUGGCCGCAUGUGUACUGUGAUGAAGCGCAUUGCCCCUAGUUUGGCUUAUCUUGAACAGAUCAGGCAACACAUGGCAAGGCUACCUUCAAUUGACCCAAACACCCGAACGAUCUUGAUUUGUGGGUACCCAAAUGUUGGCAAGAGCUCAUUCAUUAACAAAAUCACCAGGGCAGACGUGGAUGUUCAGCCCUAUGCUUUCACCACAAAGUCCCUGUUUGUUGGACAUACAGAUUACAAGUACCUAAGGUAUCAAGUUAUUGAUACUCCGGGGAUUCUGGAUAGGCCAUUUGAAGAUCGUAACAUCAUUGAAAUGUGCAGUAUCACAGCUCUGGCACAUCUAAGAGCUGCUGUGCUGUUCUUCCUGGACAUUUCAGGAUCAUGUGGGUACAGCAUCGCCCAGCAGGCCGCUCUCUUUCACAGCAUUAAGUCACUGUUCAUGAAUAAACCACUUGUCAUAGUCUGCAACAAAACUGAUCUGCAGCCGUUGGAAGGGAUAUCCGAGGAAGACAUGAAGCUGGUUAUGGAGAUGAAAGCAGAAGCUAUGAAGACUGUAAUAGGCCAAGGGGGUGAGCCUACAAGUGAGGAGGGUGUACUUUUGACUAUGAGCACUUUGACUGAGGAGGGUGUAAGCGCUGUAAAGAAUGCAGCUUGUGAGAGGCUAUUGGAUCAGAGGGUGGAAUUGAAAAUGAAGUCUAAAAAGAUAAAUGACUGCCUGAAUCGAUUUCAUGUCGCAAUGCCAAAGCCACGUGACCAGAAAGAAAGGCUGCCAUGCAUACCUCAGGCGGUCUUGGAAGCUAGAGCUAAGAAAGCUGAGGAAGCUGCAGAGAAGGAGAAGAGGAAGCUUGAAAGGGAUUUAGAGAAUGAGAAUGGAGGUGCAGGUGUAUACUCUGCUGAUCUGAAGAAGUCUUAUAUCUUAGCAAAUGAUGAAUGGAAACAAGAUAUAAUGCCAGAAAUUCUUGAUGGGCACAAUGUAUAUGACUUCAUUGACCCUGAUAUAUUACAAAGGCUUGAGGAGUUGGAGCAAGACGAAGGUCUUCGGCAGGAGCAGGGGGCUGAUGAUGAUCUUGAGAUGGAUGGAGAGGAAAUGACCCCAGAAGAGCAAGAAGCGCUGGCUGAGAUUAGGAAAAAGAAAAGCUUGCUUAUUCAACAGCAUAGGAUCAAGAAGAGCACUGCGGAGAGCCGACCAACUGUACCUCGCAAGUUUGACAAAGACAGGAAGUUCACAUCUAAGAGAAUGGGAAGGCAGCUCUCAGAUUUGGGACUUGAUCCAACUUUUGCAAUUAAUCGAGCCCGUAGCAUUUCUAGGGGUCGUAAGAGGGAGAGGUCCCUUGACCGGACCGACGAUGGUGCUGAUGCCAUGGACGUGGAUGCUGCCCAACCAAACAAGAAGCUGCGGAUGAGGUCACUAUCCCGAUCAAGGUCGAGGUCACGUCCACCAAGUGAGGUGGUUCCAGGAGAGGGCUUCAGGGAUUCUGCUCAAAAGGUGAAGGCUCUCAAAAUAGCUAAGAAAUCUGUGAAGAAGAGGAAUAAAGAUGCUCGAAGGGGAGAGGCAGAUAGAGUCAUUCCUUCUCUUAAACCAAAGCACCUAUUCUCUGGCAAACGUUCCAUUGGGAAGACUCAGAGACGGUAGUAGAAAAGGAAGGAUGAUGGAUAUUAAGGCUUACAAGGUAAAGAAACUGGAGCGUACCUUGCUUGUGGGAGCUUGCGAGACUGGCUCUUAGCAACUCCUAUAUUCGAACCAAGAUGUUGGUCUAUACAUUCCUCUUAGUCUCUACUCUAGGGAUAUCUUUUUUUGCGUAAGUUUUAGGAAUUUUAAAGUAAUAUUUAUGGAGAUUGCGACGGUGAUAACAAAUGAACCCUUUGUUGUGUUUCUGUUAAUGCGGUUUUGAAAAUUAUCUGCUUUUCGUGUUAAAGAGAGAAUCUGUCGGUGGGUUGACGUUUUUUUUUCCAAUAUAUUUGGGUGUUGCUCUUCAUUUUUGCAGUGGGGAUGCUUCUUAAUUUUGUAAUUUGUGGU